AUGGAGAAAGGGGAAGAUAGAUGGGAGCGGAGACAACUUUACCCCAAACCUUCCAUCUCAGCGGUUUCCACAAAUGUGGUCAGCCUGGGGGGAAAGAUCAUCUUGCGGUGUGCAAGUAGUUACCAUCCAAAUGUAAUCUACUAUCUGCACAAAGAAGGUGGUUCACCAAAUCCUGGUUCAGCAUCUGCGAAGACUGAGAGGGAAGCACUUGUAUUUCAGCUUGCCAAUGCCAGAGCUACAGAUGGCGGAACCUAUACGUGUAGCUAUUGCUUAACACUGCCUCGUGAUCAACGAUGCUCAUAUCAUAGUGAUCCUGUCCAAGUCUACAUAAAAGGACAGCCGUAUCCCAAGCCUUCCAUCGCAGUGAAUUCAGCUGAAAUGCUUGCCGAGGAGGGGAAUGUCAAAAUCAGCUGCAAGGCAGAAAGCAACUUACGACCACAAUGGCUGUUCUCUUUGUAUAUACAAGUGGGUGCAAAUAGGCAGCAGAAAAAACUGACAGAGAAAGUAGCUACAAAGGAGGCUGUAUUUGCCUUUGACAAUGCCCAAGAAUUCCAAGGGGGUCUCUACCAAUGUAGAUAUUGCUUCACAACAUUCUUCGUUGAACUGUGCUCAGGUUUCAGUGACAGCCGGCGCAUCAACAGAAUAAAUUCCAGCCUGUCCAAACCCUCCAUCAAAGUGCUACCCGACGAACAUAUUUCACCAGGACAGAAUAUCACCAUCGAAUGCCAGGGGCCAGAAAAGGGUCUGAACUUCUCCCUAUACAAAUCCGGGAAACUGAUAACAUCGCAGGUGACGGAGUCAGAGAGAAACAGAGCCGAGUUCCCUUUCCUCAACGUGGGGUCGGAGGACGAAGGAAACUACACCUGCCAAUAUCACCGCAGGGAAAAUCCCUUUGCCUGGUCAGAGACAAGUAAUGCCACGGAGCUGAUUGUAAGAGAUAUGCCUGAAGAAUCCAAGACAAUAAUAUGGGCCAGCAUUGCAGCAGGCCUCCUCCUCCUCUUCCUCCUCCUCCUGCUUCUAUUUAUCUUUGUACUGCACAGGAAAAGAAGAAAAGGUUCCACUGCCAAUGAAAUGCCUCAAACAAUGAACACGGCCCCAGAACCUUACCAAGAAGCAGAACCUGCUGAAGUCUCCUAUGCUGUAUUGAACCACAACUCACUGAAGACCAAGCGAGUGGCUCCUCCUGCCACAGUCCCCCAACCUUGUGUUUAUGCAACACUGGCCCAUGACAAAGUCAGGGAGGGUCGGUAGGCAAGACUUUACAGAGAUGCUGCAUAUGCCCCGAGUUCUGGGGUCAAACAUUUUAAGGCUGCUUCAGGUGUACAAGCGCUGCAUAUUUUAUCCACACAAUCACAAAUGUGAAUGUCAGGUGUCAUGGGGAGCUAGCCAGUGGUCAAAAUCUGCGGCAUCUGUUACAGUGGUCAGAGAGUGUUUUUGACUCUGCAGUUUUGACUCUAUGGUCUAUCCCUGGAAUGUAAACCCAUGCGAAAGUUGAGAGUCGACUGUAUUACAUAUGUCUAUGUUAAUUAAAAGCAGAGAAAGAUCCACAUAUGGGUGUUGGGCUGAGAGAAAAGAGCCUACAGCAGCUGGAUUCCAUUCCAGCUCCCCACAAAUUCCAUUUAAAUUGAACACCCACCUUUUUCAUAGCCAAAUUAAUGCACAAAAAUGGAAUGCCGCUUAUCCAGACUGAAUUCGAGCCACAAGAUACAUGGUAGUUAUUGGAUCUCAUAGGUAUGGAAUAUUUAUUUCUUAUACAUAUAAA